AUGUGCUGUUAUCUAUGGAGCGUCUCUAGCAAAGGUCUUGUUCGAUUCCACAUAUUACCUAUGGAAGCAUCUGCAAAUAUUGGCUAUCCACCAAGUCUUUGCAUUCCUGGAUGUAUGAAAUCUGUUUCAGCCGGUGCUGAAGGCGUCGUUUGGUCACUGGCAAAGGAUGGCGCUGUCUAUGCUCUCUCUCCUGAUUAUAGCCCUGUUUCUGGCAACGUGACCAACUUAGCGCUGCCUCAGAAGACAGAAAUUCUGAGAGAGGUUACUGAGUACCAAAGACAUGCCUUCAUGCGCGGUUUCGUAACAUUUCAAGGAACAUCCAACGGAAUUGCUGCAUGGAUGGAAGGGAAUGACCCUGUGAAUGGGUUAUACGACAAACUUCCAUCUCAUGAAUGGAGUUGGGUGGACAGAGAAUGGAAAUUGGCUGGCGAGGAUAAGUCAGAAGGUGGAUGGACCUAUUCAGAAAAAAUCGAUGAUAAAUACACGCUUGAGAAGAAAAGAAAGGAUCGGGUUAGACGUCGAGUGUGGCAGCGUCGAUGCUUGUAUAUGGGACGUGGGCCGUGGGCAAUGGUAGAAUCGCCUCCAAUUCGUUAUGUGGAAGUACAGAAGACCAAUUCAGACAGGAUUCUUGUUUGGGCUGUUACUGUAGAAGGACAAGUGUUAUUGCGACAGGGUGUAACCCCCGGGCAUCCACAGGGAGCCACAUGGAAACAUAUAACUAGCGAUUACAACAUCACCUCGAUCUCCAUAGCCUCACCUUUGUGCGUAUGGGCAACCACGGAUGAAGGCAGACUUCUGAGACGAGAAUGCACCGACCAGACGGAUAUGGAGUGUAUUGAUUGGUCUGAGGUUGUUUAUUCGAAUAUGAAAAGCAUAUUUUCUUUUUGUGCUUCGAAAACCUAUGUCUUUCUUCUGCCUACUUCUGAUCCAGAACUCACUAUUAUUGAUAUGAAACGAGAGCUGUCCAAAACCAGUAUCUCGCUGCCAAAAGCUGUUCAUAUAGCUCUGGACUUACAAGACAAUCCUUAUUAUUGCGAUGGCUCAUGUAUUUUUAAACUUGAGCAGUCCUCAACCCUAAAUUUUUAUGUUUCUGGGAAAUUCGUUAUUCCAGGCUGUGUACAAUUUUGUUUCACUUCUUGA